AUGUGGAGAGUAAUUCUCUUUCUAAGCAUUGGGGUGUUUUCUUUAUGCCCAACUUAUAAUUGUCACUCCGGAGGAUUCGACCUAGGAAAUACGUGCGCAUUUGUUACACCGAGCAAAAACGUCCUGAUGCAGAUCUGCGACGAAAAUAAUCUCGCACCCAUGUGUAUGGUGAAUCCACAAAUUUUCAAUAACUUCACAUGUGGCCAAGUUCCUCCAUACACCGCUCCUUUGGCUUAUCCUGGAGAAUCUUGCCGUGCCGAUUCCCAAUGUAGAUCUGGGCAAUGCUACCAAAACGUGUGUCAAGGCAGGUAAAUAUUAAAAAAAUAUAUGAUGAUCAUUUAUAAAAUUUUUUUUCAAUACAAAUUUUAAUAUAAUUUAUUGGUUCCUUCACACGAGGUCUACUCCAUAAAGACUAUUUUUUUUUUGGCCUAAAUUUUUUUUGGCCUAUUUUUUUUUUGGCCUAUUUCAUGACGACUAUAUUUUUGGCCUAUUUUUUUUUGGCAUAUUUUUUUUUGGCCUACUUUUUUUUGGCCUAAUUUUUUUUUGGCCUAUUUCUUUUUAGCCUAUUUUUUUUUGGUCUAUUUUUUUGUAACCUAUUUUUUUUGACUUUUUUUUGGCCAUUAAAAGCUAUUUUUUACUAAUAUUUGGGCCUAAUUUUAUACUAAUGAGAAAUACAUCCGUUACCCAUAUAUUAUUUAGUUCUCUCAGCAGCUUCAUGAAUUAUCCUCGAUAGAAAAAAUAGACCAAAAAAAAAUAGGCCAAAAAAAAUAGGCUAAAAAAAAAUAGGGCCAAAAAAAAAAAUAGGCCAAAAAAAAAUAGGCCAAAAAAAAAAUAGUCGUUAUGAAAUAGGCAAAAAAAAAAUAGGCCAAAAAAAAUAGGCCAAAAGCCAAAAAAAAUUAGGCCAAAAAAAAAAUAGGCCAAAAAAAAAUAGGCCAAAAAAAAAUAGGCCCAAAAAAAAUAGGCCAAAAAAAAAUAUGCCAAAAAAAAUAGUCGUUAUGGAGUAGACCUCGUGUGAAGACACGAAUUUAUUAUUAAUUUUAUAUGAAAUUUUUAUUUUAAUUUUUUUUCUAAUGAUUUUUCUGAGAAAAUAUUUACAUAUAAUUUUUUUUCCACCUGCCAAGGCCAAGCUCUAGGUUACAGCUGUAUAAGUGAUGCUGAUUGCAAUGUCGGCCUCCAUUGUGGGAUGGGUGGACUGUGCACAAAACAGCACCCUUACAAUCAAGAAUGCAACUCAGACUACGACUGCCAGAAUGGCUUUGGCUGCAACAGGACUAUGUAUGCCUCAGGCGCAUGCUUGCCUUAUUAUGGAGUCCAGAAUGGAGAAGCAGUAGGGAUCUGUGUGGACGUUUUAGGGGAAGGAAACUCAAAUCUUUGUGAGUCAGGGUCAUGCAUGCCUAUUUAUCCAGGGACUAACGCAGAAGGAAUUUGCCAGCCAAGCUUUAGAAGUGCAGGAACUUACCCGAUGACUUGUCAGGUUGAUUCUGACUGUAUAGGAACCAAUGGGGUAAAUAAACUAACAGGAGCUUGCCAAUGUGGAAUGGAUAAGGACGGCUUAGCUUAUUGCAGUGCCUGGAGUGGUGAUUUACCAGCUUAUACAGUUAGAAGCAUACUAAAACAGCAUGUAAACUCAACUGCAAUUAACAAUUGUCAAACUAUGAGAAGAUUCAGCCAAUCUUGCUUAGCCCAAACACUGACACCACCAGAAAUUUACAAUUUCACCCAAAACAAUUUAUCGUUUUUCCAAUAAAUUCGAGCUUUUUCAGAAAAAUCUUAUUUAUUUUUUUAUAAAAAUCAUAGAAUUCACAAAUUUUUAUUAAAAUUACUAUUUUAUAGAACAGAAUAUUAGCUCAAGAAACUGCCCGCUACCAAGGUAACGACGACUGCACUCAGGCCAUUUUUAACACAAGAUACUGGGGUGUAAAUACCAACUCUUUUACAUGCAAAGCUUACAGCUGCGGUACUGGUGCUCAAUGGACAAAUGAAGCCUGCAUUGCUUACCAAGAAGCUACCAACCACUUCGCCUUAAAAGACUGCCCAACAGGCCAAUACUGCAACGUCGCCCAAUCACAAGCUAACAAAUGGACUAAUGCGACCUGCACAACCCCUCCUACCUCAGCUCCAUUAUACCCAGGCGACCCUUGCAAAGUCAACACUGACUGCAUUUCAGGCGUUUGCAGCACCAAAGGCCUUUGUGUAGGCAUCGGAUGGGACAAUCAAACAACCUGCGCUGAUGAUUCUCAAUGUAACCCAGGGCUUUACUGUGUAGAAAAUGCUAAUAGUGUUUUACAAUUUACCUGCCAGCCACUUAUUAAAGUAGGACAAUCUGGCUGUGCUUCAGAAUUUGACUGUGUGCCUAACGCAAACUGUAAUUUUACUAUGAAUAAUUUCCCAGGGACCUGUGUCGCUUAUUUUUCAGCACCUAAUGGUACUCCAGUCCCAUGUGCAGUCUCAGGAUAUUCAAGUUUCUGUCAGAGUGGAGCUUGCUAUAAUGCUGGGUUCAGCGAUUUAGGAGUUUGUGCCCCAGCCCCAGUUUCUCAGCAAUUGCCUAACUCUUGUGUUACAAGUAACAGCUGCAUGGCCAUGAAUUCUUUGGGUCAAACGUUCCAGGGAACCUGUACAUGUGGAUAUAACCCAACUGGGACCAGCUACUGUUCAGCUCACAUUGGAGACGCCCCAGGAAAAGCUUAUUUGACUGUUGCAAAGGUACUUUACUCUUCACCAGGUAUGACAAACUGCCAGACAAGCCGAAGGCAUUAUUCCGACUGUUUAGACAGAGUCGCUGCCACUUUGGGACAGAAUACCAAUGUGUAUUAUUCAGCAAUUUUGAAUUUCACUAAUUACCCAUUAUAUAUCAACAACGACAACUGUGUGAAAUCCAUAAUUACCUAUGACUUCUGGACUCAUCUCCCACCUACACCAACCCCUCCUACUCCUCCUCACAACGACACGUCAUCAUCUGGAAUUUUAAUCUUGGGACUUGGCUUAUUCUUCGCAUUCCAAUAA